UCUUUCAUGAAUCUUGAAAUGCUCAAUCAAUAUGAUUUGGGUGAGUUUCUCUCUCAUCCCAAAAACAAUUAGGGUUUAUUGUAUGUCUUAGUCAUCUCUUGCAAAUUAUAUCCAAACGAGAACUCAUAUAUUCGAGAUUCUCUGCAAUUUAAUCGACGAUGGAUCUUUUGUACGUUCAACCUCCCAUCAAAUUUGCAGCACAUAAGGUUUCUCUCUCUUGAUAAUCGUCUCUCUCUCCAACCCAUUUCCCUUAUUUAUGGACUUGGACUGGUACUCAAAUUCAGACUUUCGCUCUCUACUAAUUCAUUGAACGCCCCAGCUCACAGGUACCUGCGAGUUAGGGUUCAUUUUCUGUUUAUUUUUCUCACUAACCCAGUAACCCUCAUUGCCUUCGUAACCAGAAACUAAAGUAAAAAGAUUGUCCUUUCCUGCCCUAAAAUUACAUUGGAGGUUUUAUGUCUGAUUUUGAAGACUUGAAUAGUUUCGGAGAAUAAAUUGAAUUUGGGGACAGCAUGAACAUCUCCAUAAUUGACCCGUUGCAGGGUGAUUUUCCAGAAGUAAUAGAGGAGUUUCUGCAACAUGGGGUGAUGAAGUGCAUUGCAUUUAAUCGACGGGGCACCCUUCUCGCUGCUGGAUGCUCUGAUGGGAGUUGUGUAAUCUGGGAUUUUGAAACCAGAGGGAUUGCCAAAGAACUUCGUGAUAAGGAUUGCACCUCCCCCAUCACCAGCAUAUCUUGGUCAAAGUAUGGGUACCGCCUUCUAGCUUCAGCCACCGAUAAGUCCCUCACUCUGUGGGAUGUUGUCAAUGGGGAGAAGAUAGCUCGUGCUACUCUUCAACAUACUGCUCUUCAUGCUCGCCUAUAUCCGGGUUCCUGUAGCCCAACCUUUUGUUUGGCAUGCCCUCUCUCAAGUGCCCCUGUCCUUGUUGAUAUGAUUUCUGGAACUACAAUCGUGCUUCCAGCUUGGGUUCCUGAUGGGGGCGAUGACUCUGUUCCUCACUUUCGAAACAAGUUUGCAGAUGGGACCCCACCUUAUACGCCAACUGCUGCAAGUUUCAAUAAGCAUGGGGAUUUGGUGUAUGUUGGGAAUUCAAAGGGAGAAAUACUUAUAAUUGACACUAAUAGCAUUGAAGUGUAUGCUAUGGUUCCAGUCCCAGGUGGCGCUGUUAUUAAAAACAUUGUGUUUAGUCGUAGUGGGCAGUACCUUCUCGUGAAUUCCAAUGAUAGGACUAUUCGGGUCUAUGAAAACCAUCUUCCACAGAAAGAUGCUAAAAGAGCUCUUCAAGAACUUGCCAAAAGCAGUGAGGAGGUUGGAAGAAUUGUGAAGUUGAAGGAGGUUGGGUCUAAAUGUUUGUCCUUUUUCCGGGAGUUUCAGGAUUCAAUCACUAGGAUGCACUGGAAAGCUCCAUGUUUCAGUGGUGAUGGGGAGUGGGUAGUUGCUGCAUCUGCAAGUAAAGGAGAGCAUAAGAUAUUUAUCUGGGGUAGGGCUGGUCAAUUUGCGAAGAUCUUAGAAGGCCCUAAAGAAGCUGUGACAGAUUUGACUUGGCAUCCCCUGCACCCAGUGGUGGUCUCGGUCUCUUUAUCUGGGUUGGUGUAUAUAUGGGCUAAAGAUUAUACAGAGAAUUGGAGUGCUUUUGCUCCUGAUUUUAAGGAGCUCGAGGAAAAUGAAGAAUAUGUGGAGAGAGAAGAUGAAUUUGAUUUAAUGCCUGAAACUGAGAAGGUGAAAGCAACGGAUGUUAAUGAAGAUGAAGAAGUCGAUAUCAUGACAGUUGAAGGGAAUUCAGCUUUUAGUGAUUCCGAUACAUCUGAAGAAGAACUGUGCUUUCUACCGACGGUCCCUGUGCUUGAUGUCCCUGAGGACCAAGAUAAGUAUUUGGAAAGCCACUCCAAGUUAAAUGACAGCACUCACUCUGACUCACCACUUUCGGAGGUUGGGAGAGUGAAUGGUCCUGAUCUUAAUCCUGGUUCAAGUCCUGUCGAAGAGGAUGUUGGCUCGGAUUUCCACUUGAAAAGGAAAAGGAAGCCAUCAGAAAAAUGGACCGUAAUGCAAGCAGAGAAGUGUCGAAAGCCUAUUACAAAGGCCAAAGCAUCAACGAAGGUAUCAAAGAAGGAAAAGAAAAAUGGGCGCCCCCCUUUGCAUGUGGAAGAUUCAUCAUUAAGGAAGUCAAAAUCACUUGAGGGCCUGGAAAAUGGUACUUGUGUAUUUGAAGAUGAUGUAACAGACGAUUACUAGAUCCUCUAAUUAUGGUUUCUGUUUAUUACCCACUUUUCUGCUUGUCUAAGACACUGGAUUCUCACAAAGAUGAGAUUGUAAAAUGUAAAACCACAUUGAAUACACAAUGUUUCCCUUUACCAGAA